AUGUCCAUCCAAAUCCGACUCACGCCGCCAAAGAUUUUGGAUAUGGAGCUGCCAGAUUCUACCUACCUAGCCAACAACAAACAUUGCGAAGUUAUGAUGACACGCAUCUCCCUCCAUCUGUUGCCUGGUAUCUUGAACAAAGGUUUUCGGAAGGAGCAAAACGAAGCAGGGCUUGAUCGAUACAUUGGCACCCACAACACCGUAGCGAUCCUCACCACUGGAAUUGAGAGGCUUCUACAGCUUCCAGGCCCGAGUACACUCGUCGUGCAGGGUGUCGAUACGCUAACGGCCAGCUGGCAACGCUUUACAACAUGGGCGAAGUCUCAAGAUCGAGCCACGAUCCUAGUUGUUGCAUACGCGUGGGACACAAGCAAAGACCCUCAACUACGUGGCCUCUGUCAAGUUGCCGGCGAAUCUAGAUCAUACGCCGUGUUUACGCUAGCCGACAUUGUGGAUUACGCAGGGGGCGUGUCCAACUGCAACCGUGUUACGAUGCUCAAGACCAGCUGCCUCACACGACAGGGAGCUAAAGAUCGUCAACAUAAGGACUUCAAGGAUUCUGAUGAUUACCAGAUCCGUCAUGGCCGCAACUAUCAAGGAGGUGUCCGCACAUUCUGA